ACUGACACGUAGGUCAUUCCACUCCUGUAUUUUGCUCACCUGUUCGCACCUGAGCCCAGACGAACCAUAUAUUUCCACUUGUCGCCAUCGUUAGAAGUCCAUACGAGACAAUGCGACUCUUGCGCUACAGCAACAGCGAAGAGCUUACGAUUACAAACUUCGUUGACAAUAAUGCAAUCCCUCCCUAUGCUAUACUUUCGCACAGAUGGCUCGACGAUACCGAGGAGCCCACCUUCGAAGACCUGACAAAAGGCGCUGGGCAGGAAAAGCUUGGAUAUAAGAAGCUCCGGUUUUGUAUAGAACAAGCGAGACAGAAUGGCCUACAAUACUUUUGGGUGGAUACCUGUUGUAUCGACAAGGCAGAUUCCUCUGAACUCUCGCAGGCUAUCAACUCGAUGUUUCGCUGGUACCGCGACGCGACGCGAUGCUACGUGUAUCUGUCCGAUGUUUCGACGAGGAAGAGGAAAAGGAAUGUGGGCUCAAUAGACACUUGGGAAUCAGAAUUCCGGAAAAGUACGUGGUUCACUCGCGGCUGGACGCUCCAAGAGCUUCUUGCGCCGGCCUUGGUUGAAUUUUUCUCCCAGGAAGGCAAGCGACUUGGUGACAAAAGUUCGCUAAAACAACAACUUCAUGAGAUAACGGGUGUUCCCACGUCGGCACUUCAAGGAUCCCAUUUGUCGCAGUUUAGCGUCAAUGAGCGGUUCUCAUGGAUAGAACGCCGCGAGACCAAGGUCGGAGAAGAUAAAGCGUACUCACUACUCGGCAUCUUCGACGUCCGCAUAACUCUUCGCUAUGGCGAAGGGAUGGCGAGUGCGUUUAAACGACUUGAGGAAGAGAUCGACAAGCUGGGGAAAUGUGUCCAAGAUUUACGCCUCACCGAUCCCCGCCAUGACAAGAAGCGCAUUGAGGAAACCAAGGGUGGCCUACUGAAGGACUCGUACAAUUGGAUCUUCAAACACUCCGACUUUCAACAAUGGCGCAACGACCAUGAGAGUCGAUUGUUAUGGAUCAAGGGCGAUCCCGGCAAGGGCAAGACCAUGUUGCUCUGCGGCAUCAUCGACGAGCUGAAGAAGUCAGAUAUUACAACGAAUCUAGCCUACUUCUUUCUUCAGGCUACUGACUCUCGAAUCAACAACGCCACAGCCGUACUGCGAGGCCUGAUCUACUUACUCGUCGACCAGCAGCCUUCGCUCAUCUCGCAUAUUCGGAAGGAGUACGAUCACGCUGGAAAAAGCUUAUUCGAGGAUGCAAACACCUGGACUGCCUUGGUUGAGAUCAUCACAAAUAUCUUACGAGACCCGAACCUGCAUAACACCUACUUGAUUAUCGAUGCGCUCGACGAAUGCGUAACAGACUUGCAGAAACUGUUGGACUUUCUCAUCCAUACUUCUUCAGUAUCUACUCGUGUCAAGUUGAUCGUCUCUAGCCGCAACUGGCCCAACAUUAAGGAACGGCUAGAGACGGCAGGACAUAAGGUGGAGCUAUGUCUCGAGUUGAACGCAGAUUCAGUUUCUACGGCUGUUAGUAUUUACAUCAAGCACAAGACACAACAACUAGCAGAGCUAAAGAAGUACGACGAGCGCACUCGAGCGGCCGUACUACAACAUCUGACCUCCAACGGGAACGAUACCUUCCUUUGGGUGGCUUUGGUCUGCCAGAAUCUUGCGAAGAUACCACGAUGGAAGGCUCUUGCGAAACUGGAUGCGUUUCCACCUAGCCUUGAUUCUCUUUACGAGCGUAUGAUGGAGCAGAUAUCUAGUUCAGAGGACGCGGACCUCUGCAAGCAGAUACUCGCGUCAACCGCGGUCGUAUACCGACCUAUCACGCUGGAAGAACUGACAUCUCUUGUUGAGGUGCUUGAGGAUACGUCUAAUGACCCAGAGUCGUUGCGGGAUAUCGUUGGCCUUUGUGGUUCGCUUCUCACUAUUCGAGAAGGGAUUAUCUACUUUGUGCAUCAGUCCGCAAAGGACUAUUUACUCGCAAAUGCAGUCCAUUAUCUCUUUCCGUCUGGAAUAGGAGAGGCUCAUCACGUCAUCUUCUCGAGAUCACUCCAGGUCAUGUCUGGGACGCUACGACGAGACAUGUACGACUUAUAUGCACCUGGAUUCCCUAUCGAGCGGGUCAAAACGCCAGAUCCAGAUCCAUUGGUGACAUCACGCUACUCAUGCGUGUACUGGGUGGACCACAUCUGUGACUGGAGUUCCAACCCCUGUCCCGAUCACGGUGCCGACCUGCAGGAUGGAGGCGCUGUCGAUGAGUUUUUGAGAAAGAAGUACCUUUACUGGUUGGAAGCUCUCAGCCUUUGCAGAAACAUGGCUGGUGGAAUCGUUUCGAUGGGGAAACUCGAGGCUCUAAUUCAGGGAAGAGGAGGUGCAUCCUCAUUAUUCGAUUUAGUUCAUGAUAUGCGCCGAUUUAUUAUGUACCACAAGUGGUCAAUAGAGACUAGUCCUCUUCAGGCAUAUAUGUCUGCACUCUUGUUUAGUCCAGCCCGCAGUUUGACAAGAGUUCUUUUCAAAGACGAAGAGCCGAAGACGAUUGCGAUAAAGCCAGUGAUGAGCGAUGAGUGGAGCGCUUGCCUGCAGACGCUCGAGGGCCACAGCGGCUGGGUCAUGUCCGUGGCCUUCUCUCCCGACUCGGUCCGCCUCGCUUCGGCAUCGGACGACAAUACGGUCAAGAUCUGGGAUGCCGGCAGCGGCGAGUGCCUGCAGACGCUCGCGGGCCACAGCGAUUUGGUCAGGUCCGUGGCCUUCUCUCCCGACUCGGUCCGCCUCGCUUCGGCGUCGUACGACAGCACGGUUAAGAUCUGGCAUGCCGGCAGCGGUGAGUGCCUGCAGACGCUCGCGGGCCACAGCGAUGAGGUCACGUCCGUGGCCUUCUCUCCCGACUUGGUCCGCCUCGCUUCGGCGUCGGACGACACGACGGUCAAGAUCUGGCAUGCCGGCAGCGGCGAGUGUCUGCAGACGCUUGAGGGCCACAGCGGUCCGGUUAUGUCCGUGGCCUUCUCUCCCGACUCCGUCCGCCUCGCGUCGGCGUCGUUCGACAAUACGGUCAAGAUCCGGGAUGCCAGCAGCGGCGAGUGCCUGCAGACGCUCGAAGGCCACAGCGGCUGGGUCAUGUCCGUGGCCUUCUCUCCCGACUUGGGCCGGCUCGCGUCGGCGUCGUGCGACAAGACGGUCAAAAUCUGGGACGCCAGCAGCGGCGAGUGCCUACAGACGCUCUGUAUUGGCAUAGUACUCUUCAACAUAUCUUUCGAUUCUGAGAGCAUGGAUCUUCACACCAACAUUGGUACAAUUGCUUUCAAUAGAGCUCCUCAUGUGAAACUAAGUGCGACGGAUUCCCAAAGUCCUCCAUGUCAACGCGGGGCUUUGAUUUCAGAUGGAGCAUGGAUAACCUACGAUUUAGAGAACUUGGUAUGGCUGCCCUCGGAGUAUCGGCCAUCAUGUUCAGCAGUAUCUGGAAAGACGAUUGGUAUUGGAGUUGGAUCUGGAAGGGUAUUGAUAUGUAACGUUGAGGUUGAUAAAUUGGAAGGGGUUCAGUAGUAUUUGUGGAGGCAUUCAAUCAUUUCUUUACUAUCUCUUUUUCUUUUUUUCUCUAUUUCAUAGAGGGUCCUGGGCAGAGCAUAAACAUAUACCUGAAAUAUUUGCCACUCUAUAGUCGAAGCUUCUAGAAGCGACUGGAUCUAUAGUAGCAAGAGUAGUGUGG